AUCAGAAUUCUUUUGAUCUUGCUUGUCAAUCGUCUCAGGUUUUUUUUUUUUUUUUUUAAUAUAAUUCUCUCUUAUUCACUGAAUUUUAUCGUCUUGAUGAUUUGGAGAACUUUAUGAGAUUGAAUAUUUUUGUUGAAUUUUCUGGGUAAGUUGAUUUGAUUUCAAUUGACUUUGCUGACAAGUUGCCAUUUCGACUGAAGCUUCCAAUGGUUAAAGCUGCCAUUGCGCGAGGGGUGUACUUUGAGAUUAUGUACUCGAGUCUUAUGCAAGAUGUUCACGUGAGGAGACAAAUGAUUUCCAAUGCCAAGUUAUUGGUGGAGUGGACUCAAGGGAAGAACCUGAUUGUAUCCAGUGCUGCACCUUCUGUUCUCGAGCUUAGAGGUCCAAAUGAUGUAGCUAAUCUAUUAUUGUUGCUUGGGCUUUCAAAUGAGCGUGCAAAAGCGACUAUAUCUAAGAAUUGCAGAUUGCUAAUUGCCAACACACUAAGGAAAAAACAGUUUUACAAGGAGGCAAUCAGAGUUGAAGUGAUGCCACUUGGGGUGGAAACUGAUCCCGGAGAACCUUGGAUAGUUGAUCUUAUUGACUGGGAUCCAUUAUCUAGUGGUGAAGGUGAUUUGCUUUUAGAUGAUAUGGCAAAAGCAUUUGCCGAGUCUGCAAAAGUCUCUCAAACCAUGAAAGGCGUUGUUUCUUCUCCUAUAGUUAAUCAUAUGCAAUCACAUGGUUUACAUGUAAAUGACAUAGGCUAUAAAACUCCCAAGGAUCUCGAGGUGUCAAAAAAGACAGAUAAGCCGGAGAAUGAGCCUACUUCUCCGUGGAGCAGUCUAUUGGAUCAACAGGGGAAUAAUUUCGAAGAUUCUCUGCAGGCAGUCCUUCCCGAUUCUUCUGUUGCUUGCUCUAAUGUUGAGGAUUUCCGAAAUUAUUCUACAAAACCUCUGCUGGAGGCUAAGAACUCCUAUGUACUGGAGACCACAACCUCUAUAGCAUCGCAUGAAUUAGAGCCGCCAGAUCAUGUUAGUAAUGCUGAUAUUGUGCAGUAUAGUGAUAGUAUGAAGGAAAUAAUCUCUAAAGAUUAUGGCUUGGAUGUAGGCUGUAUUGCUAUUUCAAGAAAGGAAGUCUUAAUGGAAUCUGAGGGUCUUAAUUGUAACGGUCAGCAAACUGAUAAAUUGAAGCUAGCUUCUGGUCUUGUGAACAGGAUAGACGCUGGGAUCCCAACUGAGAUGCAAUUAUGUGAUCAGUCAGAUUCAUCACUUCUUCCUGACAUAUCCCUGGGUGGAAAUCUGCUGGAGCUAAAAGAGGAUACAGUAGCCGAAAAAAAUGCUAGAAAUGUGAUGGUUUUGGACUCCUUUUCCGAGGGGAGUAGUAGUGAUGGUUUACCAAUACUUCGUGACCGGCAAUUGCUGGAAGAGGUGGAAGAAAUUAAAGAGCAGAAGGGAAAUCGCAUUGAAGUCAACACUGGCUCCGAUAAUUUUAUAGUUGAGGAUACCAUGAUGUUAUUGGAUUCACUCCAGCAGGGAAAAAAAGGCAAUGAUCAUUUAGUUGCAAAAAGUACACUAUCAGAUGAAAUGAUGGAAUGUAGAAAACAAGUAAAAGAGCUUAGUGAAGCUGAGCAUCAACCACUUGGUGAAAAUAAAUCAGGCAAUCAUAAGGUGAAGCGAUGGGGUACAGGCCAAGUUCUUAGGUUUCCUUUUAAACGAUUGUUACAAGUUCAAUUUAAGAAGAAAAGGAAAACUUCCAUGUACAAGAUCCAAAAGAGAUAAAUUUAUGACUUCAUGGUUGCAUAAGUAAAAUUUUCACCUCUUCCGCCAAGCAAGACUUCAGAAAUCCUUCCCGGUCAUUCAGAGGUCCAUAUAGGCAUAGAGCCAUGAGCCAUGCAAUAGUAAUAGCGUCUUCAUGCAUGUACACCUAUAUCAAUCUUAUAAAAGCGGGCUAAAGAGGUGGAGGAAACACAAACGAAAAGGUUUGAGAAAAUCUUAAGAAAGAGAAUAAAUAAAAUAUGCUUCAGUUAGAAAAGUUUGCAAAACUGAAUGAAAGAAAAUGAAGUCAAAAGGAAAAAAUAUAUGAAGUUAUGUCACAUCAUCCAUAGAUUUCUCUCCCUCCACUCCUCCCUAUCCAACGCCAUAUUUUCUUCAAUUCGCAAUAGACCCAAAUCACUCUCAAUCAUCCCUAAUCCAGGUUUUCGGAGGUCUUCCCCUACCCCUCACAAUCCCAUCACUUUGCCACUAUUCAAGCCUCCUAACCGGUGCAUCACUCUCAAUCACUUCUCAUUCAAAUUGACAUUUAUACGAGAAUAAUGGUCUGUUAAACACUCGGUAUAAGUUUGAAAAGAAUCUGAAUGUGACUAAAGAGCGAGAAAUCAUCUCAAUGUGGGAAAACUUCUUGUUAACACUGUUGGAUAGAGAAGUUUGAAAGAGUUUUUCACUUAAAUUCAGACUUUUAAGGCCUUCUCAACUACUUUAGUAAGCCGGGUGAGCACUUUGAAGUUUGAACAGUCAAAAUGAUUGUCUUGCUUGCUAGCUGGUAAGUCUCUUCUGACUGUCUUAUAUUGAAAAUUAAUGCACUUGCGCAAUUAUUUUGUGUAUUCUGAUUGUGCUGAUUCUGCUAGAACACCAUUGGUUGGCUACUUGGCUGCUGCUCAAUAAUUACACUCCUUGACAUGCAUCAUAAGGCUAUUAGGGUAGGCAUUUUGGGACCAGUGUAAUUCUAUUAAAAGAUAUUGUGCACACCCACCUAAAUAAUUGUCUUUUCCAACAUCUCUCACUUCAAUGUUGUUUGCUUAAUAUUCUUGAAAUUAUUGUCAAGACCGUGAAGUAAAUGUAUGGUCUUUGAAAAUAAGGCUAUUUAAGUGUUCAUUUGAAAGAUCCCUGGGAUUUUAAAAUGUCCACCAGACGAAUCAUGAAUCACAAAUUGAGCUCUUAAUAAUUAAAAUACCAAGAAUCUGUGGAAGAAGUACCUACUUGGGGGAAAUCUUUUGGUUAGGCGAAACCUUCAGUUUUUUCUUCCUUCAAAUAAAUUACUUUGAUCUUCAGUUUUAGGAUCUUCAGUAGGGACAUUUUACUCCAAAUGUCAAAAAACUUACUCUCUAACUAUCUUUGCUAAAGAACAUUUUACUAAUGUGCGUAAGCAUUGUACUAUGAACUCAAGUAAUUUCAGGUUUAAUCUGGAAAUAUUGAAGUAAUAAAUUGCAGAAAUUAGAGGAAAAACAUGGAUUUUAUUAUAUUACUGAAAAAAGGGAAAAAUUCAACGGAAAGUAAAUGAUAUUCCACUGUCUAGAGGUCUCCCAAGUAACUUUCUCUCACUCCCAUGUCUGCUGCGUUCCUCUUUCCCUCUUUUUAACUACUCACACAGCCUCAUUGUAACAAACUAUUUGUCUUUUCUCUGAAAUACCCCUGACACUAGUUGUAACAACCUUCCUCAGGGAAUGACAUUAAUACCCCCUUAUUCCUUCUGACGUGUUUGUAAGGUGGUGGUCUGGGUUGAUUCCUUGUACAUUGAUAGGCGUCUCCCAGACUCCUAGGUGUUUCAUUACCUAUAUUGGAAAAUUGCAAGGAACUCACAAUCAUGUUCACAGUCACACAAUAAUAUGCUGACAACAAUAAGAAAAGAGAAGUCUUUGAUUUCCGAUAAUGCAAGCAAAAGCUUUAAGGAUUACAAAGCAACUCUCCAAGUAAGUAACUUUAGGUUACCAAUCUCAAAUGCUCAAUACAAAAUACUCGCCGCCUUCUCUCUCUUUCUUUCAUCCAUUUAUGCAAUAGAGCCUAUUGCCAAGUACACUUCAUUAAUGACUUCUUUUGCUUGCUAGCUGCAGCAACAGAACCCUUGCUUGCUUUUGUUGUUACGGCUACACCUUAGGUGAUGUCUCUGCUGGUUCCCUCUUGUACCUCCUGGGUAGGUUAGGGUAAUGAAAUGCCACUGGUUUCCAUACAAUGCAACAAUGAUCUCCAAUUACGAGUCUGGACACGGGUUCUGAAUAAGGUGGAUGAUUCACUUACUCAUUUUCAAUACAAGUGAUUGUAGGCAAAGAGUGGAUAAACAAAGGUAUUUGUGAGUCAAAGCUUUAAUUGAGAGAAUUAUUAAAUAAUCUGGGUUUGACUGGAUCUAAUAAUCUAAAUACCUCAAUCAUGGUUUGUAAUUUAGAAAUUGAUCGAACUAUUAAGAAUCAUGGUUUGGAAUUCACUUAUGGAAAGAGACGGAAAGAUGUAUAUUUCCUUGGAGAUGUAACAAGUGCAUGAGAUGGCAAUGCUUGAGCCAUGUGCUUUGACACCAUUUCAUACUUGUUCUAGCACGUUUGCCAACCGAAACUUUGAUGAACAAUAUGUUUAGUUGUCAAUAAGUUAAAGGUUAAAAAAGUUUAUAUUGUGACCCCACUAACAAUAU